AUGUUAAAACCUAAAAUGAUAGAAAACGAAAAAAACUUCUGCUGUUAAAAUAAACACAUGUAACCAAUUCAUUUGGCUGUGCUGGAUCCAAAUUUAGACAAGAAAGAAAGACUAUUAUGCAAUUUAUGUAUGGAAAGCUUUGAAUCAGAGGCCAAGACUAUAGGAUUAAAAAAAAUAAUCUAAAUUAUUGAAGAUGGUAUCCAGAAAAAGUUAAACAAUUUAGAAAGUAUUACUUCAGAAAUAAUUCAAAAAUUACAAACCUGCAAAACAAAUACAUAAGAAUUAAGAACACAUAUCAUGAUAAUAUUUGAUUCAUUAACGAGAAUAAUUGAAGGUUGGAUUUAAAAUUUAUUGACAUAAAGAGAAUAAUUCUAAUAAUACAGUUUCUAUGAUGAAUUAGAUAACUUUAUUAAAAACAAGGAUAUUAUUUAUGAUUCUAGUUUAAAACUCAUUAAUUAUAUUAAUGCAUCUUGGAUAACUAAGCUAUGUAAUAACUUAAAUUAUUACAAUCAAGAUAAAAAUAGGCUAAGCUUUAAAGAAAUAAAAUAACAAAUUAUCAACAUCAACUAAUUAAAUUUUUCAUAACACAAAAAUGAAAUAACAUUAAAAUUAAUUGAUUAAUCUGUUAAGUAAAAUGAAUAAUGCAAUGCGAUAGCUUUUGAUUAAUUUGGAUCGAUUAUUGUAUCAACCUAAUAGAAUGAUAUUAAGGUAUGGAGUUUUCUAAAUGGAAAAUUCAAAUUAAUAAAAACAUUGUAAGGGCACACUUGUUAGAUUUAAUGUUUAGUUUACAGUAAAAAAUAGAAUUUUUUUAUUUCAGGCUCUUAAGACAAAACAUUGAGAUGCUGGCAAUAAUUGAACAACAAUGAUUGGUUUUGUUCAGAACCUUAUUAAUAACAUACAGAUGUUGUUAUGUGUAUUAUAUUGAAUUUAAAUGAAGAUUUACUUUUUUCUGGAAGUUUUGACAAAUCAAUUAAAGUUUGGAAGGUUGAGUUUAAUAAAAGUAAAUUGACAUUUCUGUAUUCUUUGGAUAAACAUAAUAAUUCUGUUUUAUCAUUAAGUUUAAAUUAAUCAGAAAAUUAAUUGGUUUCAUUUGCAUAAGGAUAGAAUUAAAUAAUUAUUUGGGAAAAGCAAAGAGUAAAAGAUAAAUUUGAAUUUAAAUAUUUUGUUAAAUAAUCAAUUUAAGACUGUGGUUCAAAAGUUCAUUUUAUUAAAGAGAAUUAAUUUAUUUGGAUAACUGGUGAAUAGCAAAUAGAUAAAUUUUAUGUAUUUGAAUUAAAACAUGAAGUCUUUAAAGAAAAUUAGGAAAAGACAAUUCAAUUAAUUGCAAAUAAUCGAACCAAUGAUGAAUAUCGUUUUCCAAUUAUUUAUAAUAAGGAUCGCAAUUUAAUAGUAGUAAGACAUAAGUCAUAUAUUUAUAUCAUUAGAGAAAUUAAUGAUGGUAAGUAUAAAAUUGAUGAAUAAUUGAAUUGUGAAGCAUAUGGUAUAUAUGGAACAAUUACAAACAAUGGACAAUAUUUGGUGUAUUGGAAUAGGAAAAAUUAAGCAUAUUCAACAUAUGAAUUAUUAAAUAAAUGA